AUGAAAGCCAAUGAACUGAAGGCUGAGCUGCGCUACGAUUGGCUGAGCGCUGAGCCAAUGGUACUAAUGGUUGGCCCCCAACGACACGCCGUCACUGGUCUGGUGACCACCACUCAGGAGGUGUCGGGCGAAGUGAGCGCACGGCAGACACCGCUCACUGAAGACAAUUGCGUGGAUUUGGGGUAUUAUUUGCAUCGAAACAAAUUGGGCGAAGGUGGUUUCGGGACAGUCCGGUUGGCCACACACCUCAAGACUGGCCAUAAGGUGGCCGUCAAGAUAAUGAACAAAAACAAGUUGGGAGCCGACUUAUGUCGAGUGCGAGUUGAGAUCAAUUCGCUGAAAGUCUUGAAACACGAAAACAUCGCAAAACUGUUACAAGUCAUCGAAACUCAGAAUGAAAUUUAUCUCAUUCUUGAGUACUGCUGCGGAGGAGAACUCUUUGAUUAUUUGGUGUCAAAGUCGAGACUCACGGAAAGGGAGACCAAAGUAAUAAUGAAGGAUUUGGUGACCGCUUUGGCGUAUAUCCACAGCAAUGGCUUCGCUCACAGAGAUCUUAAACCCGAGAAUAUUCUCUUUGACGCCAAACACAGAAUCAAAUUAAUCGACUUCGGACUCGCGGCCAACGGACGGGACAACAACAACUCUUUGGCCCAUUUGUCGACGUGUUGUGGGAGUCCGGCCUACGCGGCACCGGAACUACUUCAAGGGCCCAACUACUCGGGACAGGGGGUUGACGUGUGGAGCGCUGGUGUACUGCUGUUCGCACUUCUUGUGGGACGCCUUCCCUUCGAUGACGACAACAUCGCCGCUCUCUAUAAGAAGAUUCAGCAUAACAAACGUUACGUUACCUUACGGACUAACCGACAGUCGGCUGCGAUCUUAACCCAUCGAUGGCUAAGGGAUGAGAUGAUCGGUUCAAACACUUGCGUUCAAGUGAUGAAAGCAAAUCUGGACGAAGAAGUCUUCUUCCAGUGUCACCGACUCUUCCCAGAGGUUCCGCUCAAAGAGUUGCGACAAAAUAUUUUGCAUGGAUUUGGAUACCAAACGGCCUGUUAUUGGCUGCUGAAGAUGAACGCCAACACCGUUCAGCCGCUGCCCUUAAAUGUGGUUAAUUCGCCGCUGACUCUCAAUAAGCCAACUGUCCAAAGACGACGGUCCAGGAGUGUAGACGACACCAUCAAUAAUGAAAAUAACAUUCGGCCCAAACUGAAGCGUAAAUUCAUAGAUACCGUGAACUCUCCGAUGCCUAACCUUCCCAAGCGUCUGAUGCUGGACGUGAAGACCUCAUCGCCCGGCAAGUCUCCCAACACUAGAGUCCCGGUUUUGGUCUCGCAUUCACCGAAACUCACGCCAAACGCAAAGGACGAGCGAAAGCUAAAGGAAAUCAAAUCCCCCGUCAAUUCGCCAGUGAUUGCCAACAAAAAGGCGCGACUCUUCCAUGGCUUGAAUGACAGCUUCAAGAGUCCGCUACUGAAUCCCAAUGCGAGCAACGAAUGGACAAAAACGCCAUUCAAUGCCAAAAUUGAAUGCACGCCCAAGAAGUCACUGUUGAAGCGCUUCCUGGAGACGGCCACACCCGCCAAGAGUCAGACGCCCAGAGCUAUCACCACAUCGACGACAAUGAAGAACAUAACUCUCACCAAAUUCACGGAACCCAACAAAUGCAUCGAUAAACUCAUUGAGACGUUGACUGCGAAAGGCAUUCAAUGCAAACAAAAAGAUUUCUCUUUGCGGUGCGUAUUGUCGACCAAUAAUGUGAUUGUGUUGUCGUUUAAUCUGGAAAUCUGUAAGUUUGACAAUCAGUGUGUCAUUCAACGCAAACGACUCAAAGGCGACGCUUGGAAUUACAAGAAGGUCUGCGAAGAGAUCCUUAGGAUCAGCAAUGAGUGAACUAUUGGUGAUAAUCAAUGGUCCACUCAAUGAGUUCCUGAAUCUGUAUUUAUGAGCAAUUAGUUCGCAUUCAUAUUAACUGUAUUUAUCCCAUAAAAAAGUAUUCAUCGC